GCAUUCAUUUGCUUUGUGCUUUGAGAGACCCAAUAGAGCUCCGCGUUACAGACAGACAGACAGACGCACUCACUCACACAGCCGAGAGAGCAGUAACUUGGACGCGGACUGCGACUGUGUGCACAUGGAUGUUCCUAAGAGAGUGUGUGUGGUGGGAGCGGGGAGCUGGGGGACGGUGAUCGGGAAGAUGGCGGCGGGGAAGGCGGGGGCCGGCGAGCAGCAGUUCGAGAGCCAGGUGAGGAUGUGGGCGUUCGAGGAGAUGGUGGACGGCAGAAGGCUGUCGGAGAUUAUCAACCAGGAGCACGAAAACAUCCGCUACCUGCCCGGACACUCACUCCCACACAAUCUGGUGGUGUUUCCCGAUUUGCUGGAGGCCUCGAGAGGCGCCGAUAUCCUGAUAUUUGCCGUCCCUCAACCGUUCAUCGGCGAGAUUUGCAACCGUCUGAAAGGUCACGUGAAGCCGGGAGCCAUUGGAGUCUCACUGAUCAAGGGUUUUGGCCGCGGCCCGGAAGGACUGAAACUCUUGUCUGAUGUGAUCGGGGAGGAGUUGGGGAUCGAGGUGUCGGUGCUGACGGGAGCCAAUUUGGCCCAAGAAGUGGCCGCCGGGACCUUCUGCGAGAGCACACUGGGGUGCAGGAACCAGGAUCACGCAAAUAUCGUAAAGAGUCUCCUACAGACGUCACAUUUCCACGUCAGUGUGGUGUCUGACCUGUGUGCUGUGCAGCUCUGUGGGGCUCUCAAGCAUGUGGUUGCGUUGGGUGCUGGUCUCUGUGAUGGGCUGCGAUUGGGGGGCAACACUAAAGCUGCCGCUGUUCGCUUGGGGCUGAUGGAGAUAAUCGGCUUCGUCAGAAUCUUCUCCCCCUCGUCCCCCGCGGACACCGGAACCUUCUUCCACAGCUGCGGCGUCGCCGACCUCAUCGCCAGCUGCUACGCCGGACGCAACCGACGUCUGGCCGAGGCUUUCGUUGUGUCCGGGCAGUCUGUGGCUGAGUUGGAGAAAGAGUUGAUGAACGGACAGAAGGUGGAGGGUCCAAACACAGCAUCUGAGCUCAAUCACUACCUGAAGAGCAAACACCUUGUGGAUCAGUUCCCUCUGUUCACCGCUGUCCAUCAGAUCCUCUUUGAAGGCAAACCCGUCUCGGACUUCAUCUCAUACCUUCAGAAGCACCCGGAGCACAUGUAACCGGAGUGAUCCCGGUGUGAGCCGCAGGGAGGGGAGCAGGAGG